AGUGACGUGCGCACGUAGCGGUGCGGCCUGCCGGCGGCUGUCCGGAUUUGGGCUGGCAUGUCGGUUCUGAGGAGCCUGGCGCCUUUCGUUCGCGGUGGAGGCAGCCUCUUCAGAGGCCUCCGCGCGCGGGCACCUGGAAGCGGAGUCCGUCAUGCUGGUGGCGGUGUGCACAUCGAGCCCCGGUACAGACAGUUUCCCCAGCUCACCAGAUCCCAGGUGAUCCAGGCCGAGUUCUUCAGUGCAACCAUGUGGUUCUGGAUUCUCUGGCGCUUUUGGCACGACUCAGAUGCUGUGCUGGGUCACUUUCCAUAUCCAGAUCCUUCCCAGUGGACAGAUGAAGAAUUAGGUAUCCUUCCAGAUGAUGAAGACUGAAAGUGUGGACUCAACUCUUUACCGGAGCCAGGUGAGAAUUUCAAGAAAUUAUGGACUUCAUAUUGUAUAUUGAAGUUACAAAUUAAAAUGUUUUGAUCACGAAUGAG